AUGGCUCAAGCUCUAUUUUUCCUUCAGCUUGUUGCUCUCUGCUCCGUAUCUGAAUGUGUUCAGCAUCAGUAUUACUUUAUAAAUCAGGUGAAGAACUGGACUGAAGCUCAGAGAUACUGCAGAGAGAAUUACACAGAUCUGGCCACUGCUGACAACAUGAACGACACUAUAGAGCUAAUUAAGCCUGUGAAUAAAGCACGUGCUCAGAAUAUCUGGAUUGGUCUUCGGAAGACGAGUGUUUAUACUUGGCAUUGGUCUUCAGGUGAUACUGUGCUCUUUCUGAACUGGGCAUCUGGACAACCAGCCAGCAGUAAUAAUUGUACUGUUAUGAGAAACGGACAUUGGUUUGAUUGGUCAUGUAGUGCCACCUGUUUCUUCAUUUGCUACAACACAAACUCAGGACUGGUGUUUGUCAAUCAGACGAUGAACUGGAGAGACGCUCAGAGUUACUGCAGACAGAAUCACAUUGAUCUGGUCAGUGUGAGGAACCAGAAUGAGAGUCAACAGCUGGAGAAGUUCAUUAAUGACAGAAACUCAUCUGGAUCUGCAGUCUGGAUCGGUCUGUUCAGAGACACAUGGCAGUGGUCAGAUCACAGCAACUCCUCAUUCAGAUACUGGAACACUGCUGAACCAAAUAACUAUGGCGGUGAUGAAAACUGUUCAGUGAUUGAAACGAAUGCUCAGAGAGGAUGGGCAGACAACCCUUGUCAUUACCAGUUUCCUUUUGUGUGUCAUGAAGAUAAACUGAUUGUGAUCCAGCAGAAUCUGUCAUGGUCUGAAGCUCUGAGAUACUGCAGACAGAAUCAUGUGGAUCUGGUCUCGGUUCAGUCAGUGGAGAUGCAGCGUCGUGUGAUGAACGUGGUUAAACUGGCGUCUACUGAGGCGGUGUGGUUGGGUUUACACAACUACUGCAGCAUGAACAUGUGGCUCUGGGUGAAUGGAGACAUGGUGUGCUAUCAGAACUGGGCUCCAGGGAACGGCAGCACACCGGAAAACUGCAAACUGGAGAACAGAAAAGGAGCAGUUCAGUCUGGAGGAGAUCAGACCUGGAUCAGCCUUCCUGAAUCUCACACACUCAACUUCAUCUGCACUAACUACUGAGAGUGAGAAAGAUGAGAUUGUUGGUGUGUUUAUUAACGUUCAUUGUUCUGAUUUACUUUUAUUAUAGGUUUGGUUUGUUUCUUAAGUUCUGAGUGAAUCUGCUAUAUGUGCUUUAACAGACACAAUAGUCUGCUUUAUUUCUGUAUUUUAUCAUGAUAUAAUCUGCUCUUAUUAACACAAAUGUUUAA